AUGGGCAAACGGAAGAGCGAGCGGAUGGCGGGAGGAGAUGGCGAACGCCACAAUCCCAAAAUGAAACGCAGCACUUGGGAAGAUUCGGAGGUGUCAGGAGACGACGGCUUGGAUGGGCCCAUCCCGGCUCGGAGCGGGGAUGACGAUGGAAAACCGGCAGCUGCAGAGGUGGAGGAUCGGAAAGAGAUGAUGGGCGGCAGCGCCGGGACAAGGAGUGGGAACGGCGACGGGGCUCCGGAGCAAAACCAGGCAGGAGAGCAUGGCUCCAGCCCCUGGGCCCAGGAAGGAAGAGAGCCAGGCGCCGGUGGAGGCGGCAAAUCACCAGAGGCGCCUGUCGUGGUAGCGGCAUCGCUGCCGGCAUCGCCCCACCGGCUGGGUUUGGCAACUCAUGAGCCAGAAGAGGAGCCGGUGGCAGCCACGGAGCGGGACGGAAGCACCGAGGAGCCGGACGCCAACAACCAAACCCCCUGCCGGAUGGAUGUUGGUGACGGCUCUGCUGAGGGCGCGGCCGGCAGAGAGAUCCCUGUGGAUGCUCCAGCGGUGGUGCUGGAGCCUUGCCAGGAGGAUGGCGAGCACCGAGGCGACCCCGGUGAAAUACGGGAAUCUGCAUCAGUUGUAGAUGCCGAAAAAAAGGAACCCAGCGCCGCAUCUGAGCCGUCGGCUGGAGCUGAGCAGCAGGAAAGCGGGAGCGGGGAGCGACGGCAGGCCACCGGCGUGAACGGCGCAGUGGAGAACGCAGCCGAAUCCCGGCACAGCCCAGGCAGCAGCGGUUUCGUGGAGGAUUUGGGGAUGUGUGCCCCGGCUGCGGAUCUGGAGGGAGGCGUUGGUGCUGCCGGCGGGAACGCUUCUCUGCAGGAAAUGGCAAGAGAUGGCGACACGGGAUGGGAAGAGGCCGGAGACAUCCCCUCUCCUGCGAGCUGCGCGGUGCCGGAUCCAGCUGUGCCAAAUCCAGCUGGGCUGAGUCCAACGGUGCCAGAUCCGGCAGGCGAGGGGGAAGGACAAGGCCUCACGGCGAAGCCCCCGGAUCACUCUGGCGAAGAGAUCGCCGAGGGUUCCCCCACCCUGGCGAUGAUGGAUCCGGCAGAUAUGGCACAGCCCUCUGCCACGGGCGCCGCUCCGGCUGCCAGCGUGGAAUCCCAGGAUGAGGCCCGUUGUGCUGGGAGCAGCCCCGAGCUCCGGCCGGAGCAGCCGCUUGCGGAGCCGCGUGCCGGACAAAGCCCUGCGGAAGUGGCGCCGCAGCCUUGCGCCGAGGAGAAUGGCUCAGAGCCGCCGCGGCCCAGGAGCGAGGUGCCGGCGCUGCUGUACCCGCCGGAUGCGACCGACGUGGUCUGCGGGCUCAUCCUGGAGCUUUCCAACCUCAACCGCCUGGCCAUGAGCGCGCACCGCGGCCUGGAGGCGCUGAGGCGGCCGAAAGUGCGGCGUAGCCGGCGGUCAGGGCCUGCGCACGCCGGGAGGAGGUGGAAGGAGAUGUAGGGCCCGGUCAGAUCCAGAUUGGAACCGGAUCAGAGCCGGGAAUGAGCCAAAUCCAGUCCUUGGCACAACA